AUGCCCGUAUGCCCAACCCGGGAAGGAUUUGUCAUAGAAGGUCUGCACCUCGGAGGAGUGAAUAGCCUGCAGUUUGAUGAAGUGCAGGACUUGCUCAAAGAAACACUGUCGGCACUUCCACAGGACAAGUUGAAGGUGCUGCUUGGCGUGUACAGGCCAGAAUUUAUCUUCAGAGCCGUCGCAGCUGAUGUGGACGUCUUCCACUCGUCGUCUGCAAAUGCCGCUACAGAGCGGGGCUCUGGUUUUACCUUCGGCUUUGACCGGGAGCAGUUACGAGCAAUGUUGCGAGGGAGCUAUUGCUUACCGGACGAGAAGCUUGAAAUUUGUUUGAACGAAGAUUCCUACAGGGACCAGUUUGUGCCACUGCUAGAAGGGUGUGCGUGCUAUACAUGCAGGACUUUCACCAGAGCUUACAUAAAUCACCUUUCAAAAACGGGAGAGCUGCUGGGACCGGUGCUUUUAAACCUCCACAAUCUGCACCAUUUCCUGGAAUUUUUCGGUGCUAUACGGUCUUUCUUGAAUGAGGAAAAUCUUGCACUGUCUCAGUGA